AUGGAAGCUAGUUCGCACCCACAGCUGCAAUACAACACUGAGAAAGUUGCAGAGGCCAAGACUGAUCACAACAUUGACAGACUCGACUAUCUUUCAUUCUCAGAUUCAGAAGCAGCAAACCACUUCGUGUGCUCUAGUUACCACAGAGUCGGAGAAACACUCACUGGAAAAAUGUGUGUGCUGACACAACAAGACUCAGAGAUCAGACUCACCCAACUCAGCGACGAGUUCAAGUUCGGUAUUUUCAGUCAGAGUGUACGUCAGAUAGCUCCGAACUCGUGUUCAAUCAAAGUGGGAUGUUCUGAUGCUCACUUCAGAGUGUUCACUCUCAGCAACAGUGACGAUGGAGUCACUUUGAAUCAAGACAAAGACUUGCAGAUCAAAGAGUACAUGAUUCUUAACCACCACGAAUCUGAGUUCGGAGAGUAUGCUUUUGCAAUGGACUCAGGCGACCUCAUUGUGUAUGACGUCGAGACCGAUCAAGAAAAGUUCAGCCAGUCACAGGCUCAUGAGUACCAAGCCUGGACUGUGUUCUGUGACCCCUAUCAGCAAAACAUUGUUUACACUGGUGCUGAUGACACGAAGUUCAAAGGCUGGGAUCUCAGAGUGUCUGGAGUACCCACUUUUACAAGCAAAGAGCACGAGUAUGGUGUCACUUGCAUUCGAGACUGGCUGGGUGACUCCCAUUACUUGGUCACAGGUAAGUAGUUACUCUGAUGUGCAGGCUCCUAUGAUCAGAAACUCAGACUUUGGGACAAAAGAGCACUCAAAGCACCAACAGAGACUCUGGAUAUCGGGAUGUAAAUUUGGGAUAUCAAGUAUCACCAAGAUUCUGAAAACAAAUUCACGCAUGUAGGAGUAUCGUGUGUGUGGGACGGCAUGUACUUUGCUGAAGUCCCUUCAAGUGAGUCACUGUGCACACUCUCAUCACUGAAAUCAUUCAACUAUCCAAAAGUAGAAGUGCUCUAUUACGCCUUUGACUUCUGCCCCUGUGAUUCAGAAUCUCAGAAAGUGGUGAACGUGGCUUU